UUGCUCAACAACUCAAGCAUUCUCAGUCUUGCUCAUGUAAACUCCAACAUAUCGAAACCGUUCUCUUCAUCACCGUCAUCUAGCACCGUUUAUCCGAUCCCAUCCACCCAAGCCAUACAAUCCAAACCUCGAAAGAAGCCUUUACCGGGUCAACGGAAACCCUGUAAUUGUACGAAGUCCAUGUGCUUGAAACUGUAUUGUGAUUGUUUCGCAAACGGCGAAUUUUGUCUGGAUUGUAACUGCAAAGAUUGUCAUAACAAUUUGGAACAUGACGCCGAUCGAUCUAAAGCCAUUAAACAAUCUUUGGAAAGAAAUCCGAACGCAUUUAAGCCGAAAAUAGGUGGUGGAAAGUUGGACGCUGAAAGACUACAUCAGAAGGGAUGUCACUGUAAGAAGAGCGGUUGCUUGAAGAAUUACUGCGAAUGUUUUGAAGCCAAAGUACCAUGCACUAGUCGAUGUAAAUGCCAUGGUUGCCAGAACACUGAGAUGGAUCGUGUAAGCCGCAACGAUAGAAUCGGUUCGAAUAGUUCUGCUCUGAUGAGCUUGGCAAACGCUGCUUCAUCCUUGGCAACCGGUUCACCAUCAUCCCCCUUAUCAGAAAACGACUCCGAUCCUGAUUCAUCUUCUGCUCUUCUGAGUUGCAAGGUCAACUGUUCAUUGUCAACAUAUCCUUGGUUUUAUAUGACCGACGAGGUAAUCGAAGCCGCUACGUUAUGCCUUGUAGCUCAAGCUGAGGAAUCGUUAUCUGGUUGUUCUGGUGAAGUUAAUGACGGUAUCCUGGAAGAAAUGGAGCGAUUGGUGUUAGGAGAGUUUGGUCGAUGCUUACAAGAAAUAAUUUCAAAUUCAUCUGAAAAAUAA